CGGCACGCAGUGGUCACGUGACUCCGCAGCAGUCAUAUGACCCUAAGUUUGGAUCUUGGUGCUUUUCAGUGCAGGAAGCUCUUAUCUUCGUCUCAGUGUCUGGGGUUUCUGUGUGAAACCCUGGUGAAGUUCAGCGAUGCACGCCGGCGGUUUCCUGCUGUGUUUGCUGUCCGUCCUUCAGCUCGGCGCCCGGGCUCAGUACGCGCCCGAUGAAGUCACUCACCUGCCGGGCAUGACGUUCAAAACCAACUACAGUCAGUGGUCUGGAUACCUGAAGGCAGGAACUGGGGAUAAUGUGAAGUUUCUCCAUUAUUGGUUUGUAACUUCUCAGAGAGAUCCGGCCACAGACCCCCUGGUUCUCUGGCUGAACGGCGGGCCCGGCUGCAGCUCUCUGGACGGAUUCUUGUCGGAGAACGGGCCGUUUCAUGUAAAUGAUGAUGGGGCCACUCUUUAUGAGAACAAAUUCAGCUGGAACAGGAUCGCCAACGUGCUGUACCUGGAGUCUCCUGCAGGAGUGGGAUACUCUUAUUCUGACAGUAAAACAUACGACACGGACGAUGAUCAGGUUGCUGACGAUAAUUACAAAGCCCUUCAGAGUUUCUUUGCCAAGUUCCCGAACUUUACUCGGAACGAGUUCUUCAUCUUUGGGGAGAGUUACGGAGGCAUUUACGCUCCGAUGCUGAGUCUGCGUGUGGCAACGGGAAAGGCUAAGAUCAACUUCAAGGGCUUUGCGGUGGGAAACGGUCUCAGUAGCUUUGCGCUCAAUGACCAAUCUUUGAUCUACUUCGGUUAUUACCAUGGCCUGUUUGGAGAAGAUUUGUGGCGUGAUCUGAACAGAAACUGCUGUGACGAGAAAAGCUGUAACUUUUACAACAACACUAAUGAGAAAUGCAUGACUCUGGUGAACGUGGCGUUUGUUAUCGUGUAUGAAAGCGGACUCAACGAGUAUGCCCUCUACCUGGACUGCGAGGGCCUCAGAGCGUACCACAAAGGAUACGAGCGAGCCAUGAGUCAUCUGUUCAGGAGCUACAGGAAAAACCUGUCCAGCUUCAAGCUUCCAGAUGUCAAGAAGUCGUUUGUGUCUCUGAGGGGCGUUCCUCCCUGCAUCAACAGCACGGCUCAGAUAAACUGGCUGAACAGAGGCGACGUGAGGAAAGCGCUGCACAUCCCAGACGUUCUGCCACCCUGGGACAUCUGCAGUGACGUUGUUGAACAACAAUACAUGAUGAUAUACGACACAAUGAAGGAGGUUUACCUGAAGCUGCUCUCUCUGGACCUGCGAGCGCUCGUCUACAACGGAGACACUGACAUGGCCUGCAACUUCCUGGGAGACCAGUGGUUUGUGGAGGACCUCGGGUUUAAGGCAACCAGCAAGUACCAGCACUGGAUCCACGAUGACCAGAUUGCCGGUUUCUAUCAGCAGUUUGGAAACAUCACUUUUCUGACAGUGAAGGGCGCCGGCCACAUGGUUCCCCAGUGGGCGCCGAGUCAAGCUCUCCACAUGUUUCAGUCCUUCAUAGAAAACAGACCGUACUGAGUCUGUGGCGGCAACCUGCGUUUUGCCGCCUGCACUCCAUUUUACAUUUCAGGGAAGAUCAGUUUGCCUAAAGACUGCUGAGGCAAACUGACCUCAUGUUUGAUAUCCAAGUGUUUUUUCUUGUGGUGGAUUCUUGCAUAUAUUGCCUGUCAUUUUAUUGCUUUGCUUGAAGAAUGGGAAUAAAUUUGAAGUUUGUUUGAUCAUAUUUGUUAUGGCAGGACUGUCGCAGUCCAGAGCAAAGCUACAAAGAGAAGAUGUAAUGCUCAACAUGUAACUGAAAAUAAAUUCUAUUAAAAUUGA